UUUUUAAAAAACAGUACCGACGGGUCCUAAAACCCUGCUCCGUGGAUGCGCUCAGGCAGUGGGAGAAAACCAGCAGCAGUUUGCAGCCAAGCCUGCUCGGUUCAGUCUGACUGCUUGGUGAAGCAGUCCACCAAGGUCUUCACCUGUGGCAUGGUGUGAUGAGUCACUCCAUGUUCCUCCUUGGCCGGCACGGGUAGCAAACGAUGGUCACUACAGCCACCACAGAGAUGCACUGACACCCUCACUGCUCUCCUGUCCUUCCCUGUCAAAUCUACACUAACAGCAGCCAUACCAAUGAGCUCUCACAGUUGCCAAGGUGGAUUGACCAGCAAGGAGCAGUCUGUGGAACUUCUUAAACCAACUGCACACAACCAUUUUGUGGACGUGAGCACAGCAGCGCUGCCCUCCACCGCCACAGCCAUCCUUCCCAUGGAUCUGCGCGUAGUGGACCACGCUCACCACCACCAACAGCAGCCCCCCUUUGGGCUGGUUCCUCCACCCCACCCCACCCCACCCACUUCCACAGCUUGUCCCACAUCAACAGAAACAGGCCGUGGACCAGUCAUUAGCCAGCAGGAACAGCACCUGCAGCAGGAGCUGGUGGCUCUUAAACACAAGCAACAGCUCCAGAGGCAGUUACUCAUUGCAGAGUUUCAGAGGCAACACGAACAGCUGUCACGACAACAUGAAGUUCAGCUGCAGGAACAUAUCAAGCACCAACAGGAGUUACUGGCGCUCAAGCAUCAACAAGAGCUGCUGGAGCACCACAGGAAGAUGGAGCAACAACGUCACGAGGAGCAGCUGGAGAAGCAGCAGCGGGAACACAAACUCCAUCAACUCAAAAACAAGGAGAGGGGACAAGAGAGUGCAGUCGCCAGUACAGAGGUAAAGAUGCGACUUCAGGAAUUUGUUCUGAACAAAAAGAAAGCCUUGGCUCAGCGAAACCUAAACCACUGUCUGCCCAGCGACCCACGCUACUGGUAUGGAAAAACCCAGCAUAGCUCUUUGGACCAGAGCUCACCUCCCCAAACAGCACUGUCAGCAUACAAUCCAAUCCUGGGCACAUAUGACUCAAAAGAUGACUUCCCUCUCCGCAAAACAGCCUCUGAGCCCAACCUAAAGCUUCGCUCCCGACUAAAACAGAAGGUGACAGAGCGUCGCAGCAGCCCUCUGCUCCGUAGGAAAGAUGGACACAUUGCUACUGCCAAGAAGCGUUCUCUAGACGUGGCUGAGUCUGCAUGCAACAGUGCACCAGGCUCAGGUCCCAGUUCACCCAACAAUGGCUCUGGUAACAUCCCCACUGAGAAUGGGGGAACAAUCUGCAGCAGUCCAGGAGAGGCCUCCCUGCUUCAGAGGUUGGCAGCACGGGAAGGUUCAAUUAGCCAGCUCUCUCUCUACACCUCUCCUUCUCUGCCCAACAUCACCUUGGGCCUGCCAGCCACAGGUCCUGCUAGCACUGUGGUAUCGGGACACCAAGAUGGUGAGAGUCAUCUGGCAUUGCCUGCGUUACAGCAGGGCAUUUCACUGACCCCUCCUUUCCUGCACACUGCCCACCUGCCCUCCUACUUGGCAUCUUCAGCACUGGACAGGGAGGGGCCUGGAGGGGGCACGGCUGGUCACAACCCCCUCCUCCAACACAUGGUAUUGCUGGAGCAGAGCCACAGUCCAAUGGUUGGUCUGGGUGGGAUACCACUUCAGUCGCCCUCUGUCUCCAAGCUUGUGCGGGGCCACCGUCCCCUGGGGAGAACCCAGUCAGCCCCUCUGCCCCAGCAGCAGUGUGGACAGGCCCAGGCCCUGCAGCAGUUGGUGGUCCAGCAGCAGCACCAGCAGUUCCUGGAGAAGCACAAGCAACUGUUCCAACAACAGCACAUCAUCAACAAGAUAAUGUCCAAGCCCAGCGAUCAGGCCUCAGCUGGAGGCCCGGGUCCCUCAGGGCCAGGAAGGCAGCACCAGAGUCACCCAGAGGAGACAGAAGAGGAGCUUAGGGAGCACCAGGCGCUCUCCUCUUCAUCAUCGUCUUCCUCUUAUACCUCUGUGCAAGAGACAGGGUUGCUACGUGGGCUGGCCAUCAAGCAGGAGCCUCCAGAUCCUCAGGAGCAGGAAGAGAGGGAGCAAAGGGAGAGACAGACUGAGCAGGACUUCCUGUUCAGACAGCAGGCUCUGCUCUUAGAGCAGCAGCGGAUACACCAGUUGAGGAACUACCAAGCCUCGAUGGAAGCAGCUGGGCUGUCGGCCAGUUUUGCUGGACAUCGGCCUCUCUCCAGGGCUCAGUCAUCUCCAGCCUCUGCCUCCUUCCCCAUGGUAGUACAGGAGCCACCAGCCAAGCCGCGAUUUACUACAGGUCUAGUGUACGAGUCUUUGAUGCAGAAGCACCAGUGCAUAUGUGGCAGCACUACCAGUCAUCCGGAGCACGCCGGCCGCAUUCAGAGUAUCUGGUCCCGACUGCAGGAAACAGGCCUCAGGGCGCACUGCGAGUGUAUUCGUGGGAGGAAGGCCUCAUUGGAGGAGUUACAAACAGUCCACUCUGAAGCCCACGUCAUGCUAUAUGGAACUAACCCACUGCGGCAGAAACUAGAUAGUUCGGUAAAUCCCAUGUUUGUGAGGUUACCAUGUGGAGGCAUAGGGGUGGACAGCGACACCAUUUGGAAUGAAGUCCAUUCAUCCAGCGCAGCACGUCUGGCUGUCGGCUCUGUGGUGGAGCUCGUCUUCAAAGUAGCAUCAGGAGAACUGAAGAAUGGUUUUGCUAUAGUUCGACCACCUGGACACCAUGCUGAGGAGAGCACACCUAUGGGUUUCUGUUAUUUCAACUCGGUCGCCAUAGCAGCCAAGCUCCUGCAGCAGAGACUCAAUGUCAGUAAAAUCCUCAUCGUAGAUUGGGAUGUCCACCAUGGUAAUGGCACCCAGCAGGCAUUCUACGCUGACCCCAGUGUCCUUUACCUGUCUCUGCACCGUUAUGAUGAUGGGAACUUCUUCCCUGGAAGUGGCGCACCUGAUGAGGUGGGCAGUGGAGCAGGUGAAGGUUUCAAUGUGAACAUGGCCUUUACUGGAGGACUGGACCCUCCCAUGAGUGAUGCAGAGUAUCUAGCUGCAUUCAGAACGGUGGUCAUGCCUAUUGCCAAUGAGUUUGCGCCUGACAUGGUUCUGGUAUCUUCUGGUUUUGAUGCAGUAGAUGGACAUGCUCCACCACUUGGUGGAUACAAACUGACAGCCAAAUGCUUUGGCUACCUGACCAGGCAGCUAAUGGGUCUGGCAGGCGGUCGGUUGGUGCUUGCCUUGGAGGGGGGUCACGACCUCACAGCCAUAUGUGAUGCCUCCGAAGCCUGCAUCUCUGCUCUGCUUGGCAAUGAGUUGGACCCCAUUCCUGAUGAGGUGUUGCAGCAGAGACCAAAUGCCAAUGCUAUACGCUCUAUGGAGAAAGUUAUUGAAGCUCACAGUAAAUACUGGUGCUCACUGCAACGCUCUGCUUCCACACUGGGCUAUUCUUUGAGUGAGGCCCUGAAGCGUGAGGCAGAGGAAGCUGAAACCGUUUCUGCCAUGGCUUCAUUGUCUGUUGCAAACAAGCACAUUGGAAAGGGGACUGAAGAGGAACCAAUGGAGGAGGAAGCUCUUAUGUAAAGAAACAUUCUCAGCCUUUUGACCACUCAGACUUGUCUUUGUCUUUGGCAUCUCGUCAUGGAAGCAACAAGCAGAACUGACAAAAGUGGACAAAAACAGACCACUGAAGAUGAGCGACCCAUUUGCUGAUCGGCAGUGCAGUUGUGUUACAUUGCAUUGCACUUAAAGACUUUGGAUAUAAGAUUGUUUCAACUAUCCCAUAAUGACAACCUCCAGUGCCAGUGCUUUUAAAACACUAGACAAGACAUACUUUUGAUUGCCAGUGAGAACCAUACAGAGGAUCUACAGUCAUGUUAUUCUGCUCUAUCUGUGCUUUAUCUUCAUCUCUUCACUUUCAUGAAGACCACCAUAGCUAUUGUGAUUGUUACUCUGCACUAAAGACGGAUUCCUGUUCUUGGAAGAUAUCUAAAUGAGAGGAAAAAAGCUGUCAGAAAUCCUACAAUUUUCCAAGUUGUUGAAGGUUACAGAUGAGAAAGGUCACAAACCUAUUAACAGUAAAAGACAUUUGUGCCUUCCCCCCCCCCAAACCUGGUGGAAUUUUUUGUUGAACUCCACUAAAAGAGUUUUGCCUUAAAAAUAGGUUUGGGACCAAGGCCUCUUCUCCCCCCCGAGCCCUUAAACAUUUCUAUCCUGGCAAGACAUCUACUGCCUGCAUGUUGUUGGCACAUAGACUGAAGGACUUUGGCAUGUUUACCUAUAAUUCCCUGCAACCAGCCUACUGUCUCAGCCCCCAUCUUUUCCCCUCAUUGUGAGUGUCAGCUUGGAAGGUAGUUCCCAGCCACAAGUUGGAGGUGGCUCCUUUGAAAAGGAGAUUAAUGGUUGGAGUUGUAUCACGUAGGCAUCAAUUCUUUGUCAGAGGAAGAUAUACGUAGCAUGCACUUUACUCGAGCAGCGAGGCUUCUGAAAGCUAGAAUCCUCUUCAUAUUGUAUGUAGUAGUUACAUAAUAAUAAAGCCAAAGCAUGACAGAUUAUUGUCUCUGUAGAGUGUAACCACUUACAGCCCCACACAUAUAACAAAGACUAAGCGGUGCCAGUAUUUACAUUAGAAUUUGUCUCACUUUUUUAGACAUUUGCAGAAUGGAAAUAAAUUAAUCUCACGUGGGCUAAUUUGUUGAACCAGCCCUCUCUUCGAGACAAGGACCGUACCACCUGGGAUUUUCCAGAGGGGUGUUUUGCAGCCUCUCACAGCUGGUUUAACAUCUUUAGGUCCUUAUCAAGCACAUCUGCUUUCCACAUGUCCGGUGCUAUGAGGCAGGUGUGAAUAUGUCUGCCUCUUCAUAUACAAUGAAGCACAAAUUUUUCUUAAUCCAUUUUUUUUUAUUGUAUGCACACAUUUUAAUAGUUGUUCUGCAUUAAAGCCGAGUCUUCUUUUGACAGCCAGUGGCUCAACUGAAUAUAUUUGAGCUUUAAAUGGCACAUGUAGCUCAACCUGCCCUUUGGAUUCUGAAUCGCUUUGUUAGGUCGGGUCAUAUAAGCAUUUUACUAAAUCUGAGUAUCAAAUCUGAAUCCGUUUGAAUCAGCAUUUUAUAUGUUAGAACUUGAAUUCUUAAUUGUGUAUUCUUAAUAUUUAAGAAGAUGAGAUGUAAAGAUUUCCUGCGCUGACUUUAAUGAUUUGAAUUUUUUUUUUUUCGUUUAAAUCGAGCUCAUGAUAAAGCUCCCAAUCAGUUCCCAGCUAAAAUAAUCACUCAGUGCAACACACACAGCCACCAGCUUAGUUAUAGUAUUGUUUUGAGAACAUGCCCAAUUUAACAGGCCCAGUAACUUGUGGUUUUAAGAAUAGCAGCCCCUGUGAUCAGCAUGCUAACUUCCUUCCAGCUUGUAUUUGACCCUCUGGGCAACUACCUUCUGCCACCUGUAUUUGACGUAAAUACUAAUCAUGUCUUUAAUGUAGUUUUUCAGUUAACAGGAAACCGAGUGAUGCGGUGUUUACUGUUAUUUACUGUACAUAGGACACUGAUCUCCUGAGUAUUCCUGCCACACACGUGUGACAAUUUUUGUUGAUUUGUUUUUCUCUCAUUUGCUUUUCUCUUUUUUUUCGGCUUUUGAGCUCUAGUGACUUAUUUUUGUACAAUUUAAAUGUUUUCCUGUCGUUUUGUGCGUGUUGUCCACUCUCUGUUUCUCUGUCACGUUGUAAAGCUGACAUACUUCAUGGCAGGUGAGGGUUCAGACUCUGUUCUUAGUGGACGUUACAUGAAUAUGUUUUCUGGGUUCAGGGUUUUUUGCAGGAGCGUUGGGAUGCAAAUGUUUCUACUUUGUAUAAUGAUGGACAAUUGUGUAUUUACUGUCUGUUCAUAGUAGAUUUAUAUAUAAAAAGAAAUGAGUAUAUUAUAUAUCUAUACAUUACAAAAUACUAUGAUCUUGUUUCUGAAGUUGGUAUUGAAAAACAAUACUUUUCAGGGGUCUCACUUAGAGUUGGCCCUUUUAGGGUGUUACUGAAGGCACCUUUUGCUGUUGAGUGUGUAUUGAGCAGCAUUUUACUGGCUGUUUUUUGUCUCAACAGUAAUGACUAGGUUUUGUUUUCAUUAUUUAUCCCAUUGGUACCACAACACUGUUACAGUAGGUGUGCAGUCACUCUGCUUAGCCUUGCAUAUUAAUGCACAUAUUCAUAUACACCCCCACCCCCACCCCGUGCAGAUGAAGUUGCAAACAUAUCUUGCCUGGCAUCUGUUAAGUUUCAGUAUUUCAAGAAAUUUGAGACUAUAAUUUAAAAUAUGAAUUUUCCAUAUCCAGAAAAAUGCCAAAGUCAUGUUUGUUCUUCUUUGUUAAAGAUUAUCAUCUGACAUAUUAGAAAGGAUAAGAAAAAUAGCGAGGGUGGAUUAGAAUUGGAACGCGGCCAUGCGUCCCCUCCCGUGUUAAAUCACUAUGACAGGCCUUGCAAAUGGUUUUGUGUGAUCAGCAUUUAUUUUUCUUAUCAGGCCGAGUAUGCUUAGUUUUAAUUUGAAUUAACAUUUUUCAAGUUUGUAGCUGCAAGCUCAUCAGCUUUGGUAUGCAAGUUAUGCUUCUGUAUCUAAAAAUCACAGUUUGAUCACAGCAGUAGCCAACUUGUCCUGGCUUUUGCUGCACAGGAACCAAGGUAUCUGUCUUAAAAAAAAAAAUGGAUUAAAUUAGCUCAUUUUAACUGAAUGUAUGUAACAGAGAGAGAGAUCCCCUCUCAGUACAAAUGCACCAUUAAUGUCCUUAAGUCUCUUAAACCUUUUCCAUAGCUUUUGCAGUUGAGGUAUUGAGGUCGAGAUAUUUGGUAGAUUGCUUCCAUCAUCAUCUUUUUAUUAAAUUUCCAACAAUAAUGUCUCCACAAAUACAAGUUUGCAUUAAAUUGUGUAGAAAGUAAACCUUUCCAAAAUAAUACUUAAGGUCUGUUUGCACCAGGUCAUGGUUUCAUCUUUUGUUUUAUUAUAGAUGUUUUUUUUUGGUACAUUCCCUUUUAGACGCAUGCACAGGCACAUUGUUUUCUGCAUUUUGUAGCUGUUGACCAGUUUGUUUUUUGUGUGUGUGUGUUACUUGCAUAGUCGGGAUGUGAAAACGCAUAUGAUCAGGCUAUCCUGAAUAUCACCUCAGCUGGGAAAUGCUGACAUCUCAGCUCAUUUUAAGACACUUGAAGAGAUGCUUUUCAGUAACCCAGCCCAGAACAUUCCCAGAACCUUUGCACAGCAGUGCCAGUCAUGGCUUUUCUUCUGUUUAAUGCUUUGGUUUCUCAAACGCUGCCAAAACUAGCACUGUCUGGCUAUUCUGGCCAUCUGUCUUCACUGUUAGUCUUAAAACAAUGUCCAGUAACCAAAAAGAAAAGAGAAAAAAGCAGCAGCAUUCCAUUUUGGUAUAAUUUCCAUUUAUUAGGAGGUAAAUCUUUUUUAUAUUUUAACCCUCACAGAGCCAAGAACUGUCUGUUUAUGUAGACGCCCUUUCCUGACUCCACUCCGCUCCUCCUCUUUUCUCCCUGCAUGAUCCGUCUAUCUGCAUGCAUUACCUGUCUCUCCCCUGCAACAUACCAGCACAAGGGAUCAAGCACUGAAGGACUUUCACUGUAUCCAAACUGUUUUAUCUCUUUACUUCUUUUUGUUGUUUCUAGUAUGGAGGAGUUUGGGGUGCUUUCCAUGUUGUGCUUUUACCUGUAGCAUAUUGAAUCAUCAAACCUGGCAGACUUAAGUUGAAAAACUUACAAAAAAGAAAUAGUAUCAAGCACAGACGAUAGAUUUUAUUGUAUUUAUGUAGAAAAAUAAAUUGUUUUAGUGGGAUGCUUUGUAAACUAUAAGACCAGAAUGGACUUUUUUUUCUUUCUUUUUUUUAAACCAGGCGAGAUGCGACUUUGGUGGAUUUUUCAGAAGACAUUUGUGUGUUUUUUGUCACAUCUGAACUUAUCAAAGGGCUCCAUCCCGAUACCUGGUCGUUGUUACAGUUGUCCAUUCCAGUAAAUAAGCCAGUUAUCUCUAUGACCACUGUGGUUCAAACACAAACAGUUCUGGGUUUACAUAUGUAUAAAAUGCAUAUUCUUUUUUUUUUUUUAUCAGUUAUGUUUUUUGACUUGUUCCACCAUUGUUACAAAAAUAGUACAUUUUUCU